CCUCGGACAGCGUUGCUGGAUGAGAAAUUUCUGAGUCCUGGCAGGUCAGGCAUAGCAGCGAUGACCAAGAUAAUCCUCUCCACAGGGAACAUCGUCUCUGGCGGGCCUUCCAUCAUUCGAAAACCAGGCACAUUCCGAUCCAACCUCGAGCUCACGAACUCGCUAAGGAGCAACUUUCUUGCCGCGCAAGAAGAUUAUGCGGCCGAAUCCGCGCACAGCAACGGCGCCGUCAACGGGAACGGCAGCGCCAAUGUCAUUGAGGUAGACGCCGAGACGGGCGGGCGCCCGCCGGCAUCGGUCUGGACUGCCCACAAAGAUGGCGUCCUUUACGUGCCGGCGAUCGAUUGGGACGCCCACGGGUUGCAGGAGGAGCCGGCGCACUACGACGUCACAGCCAAGCUUUUCUUCCUGCCGGGCGCCGCCGUCUCGCAGCGGUCGCAGUUUGCGAAAGAGGCGCUAGCGCAUGUCUUAAGGGAGCUGCGCGCCCCAGCGGUCGACCUGCUCAUCGUGUCCUUCCCGGGCAUGUCGUUCGAGGGCGACUGCGAGUGGGAGGCCGACAGGAUCAAUGCGGGACAAGGCAACGACGCAGACGAAAUUGCGACCUGGCCCGCCAUCGAGGAGUUGCACCGCGCCGGGCUGGCAAAGAAGCUGGGUCUCGCCGAGUUUGGCAGCGAGAAGCUGUCCAAAUUCCUCCAGAAGGUCCAGGUGCGCCCGGUUGUCAACCAAGUCAACCUCAAGAACUGCUGCAAUGUGCCGCCGCCUCUGGCACAGUUGGCGAAGGAGCAGGGCAUUGAGCUGCUAGUCCAUAGCGACUGCACCGAUAUUCUCCCCAAAGGAACAUUGAGGGACCUGCUUGGUCAGCGACAAGGCGGGGCGGGGCUCCUGGCCGAUUUCGAGACCGGAACAGGCGGGCUGCGGGGGGAUCUCACGCCACAAUGGGUUGUGAAAUACACGGCUGUCGUUCGGGAUCGUGGCGUCAUUGAAAACAAGGGAUAUUUCGCGGGCGCGGAGCUGGCAGACGAGUAAUCUGCCUGGCACUCCGCCGGUUUAGGCGGCUCAAACUGAUCAGGAGUUCAGGUCAAGUCCGGGUCUUUGGGUAUACAGUUUCAGGGAACGAGGAACACGGGCAAAGAAUCACCUCAUAUGGCUCACCGUUUAUAUUUCCCCUUUACAACAGAGCGAAUCGAACGGUAUAUCCCGGGAGUA